AGUAAAAACUCCGGGACGAGCGCGUCUUGAGAAAAUGAGAAAGAAACGGAGGAAAAAAAAAAGGAAGGAUCGGCGCAUGGCAUUUCUCUCCCAGGCGCUGCCACAAACGUCUCCGUGCCCUUCCGCCGCCGAUCCCGAGAGAAGGCCCCGACCAGAGCGCCUCCCCCGCGCCCCAAGGCCGAAACCCUAGCCGCGCCACCUCCCAGGUCCCCACGAUCGCCCCGGAAGGCGGUGGUGGCGACGGUGGGUGGGGGAGGAGGACGGAAGGCACACAGGCCGGUGGUGCCACGGCGACCACCAUGUCCGCUGUAGUGUGCGGCAAGCGGGCUUCCUCUUCCUUCUUCGAGGAUCUCACCCACCCGACCGGCGGCUCCCCUCCCGCUGCCAAGCGUACCCGCUGCGGGGGCGCCUUUUUCCCGCCGCCGCCGCCGCCCACCUGGCCACGCGGCGUCACCAAGAACGACCUUGUCGCCCGACUCUCUACGCAAUUCCCUGCCAUGAGCCUCGAGAUGAUUGAAAAGGCUCUGGACAAAUCUGGAAAUAAUGUGGAUUCAGCAAUAAGGAGUUUGCUUAAUCUACAUUUGGAAUCUGUGCAAAAUAACAGUGGCGUUGCAUUUGAACCCAUACAAGAAACCACUGAGGUUCAGGUGUCUGCUGAAGUUGUUUCAGAUGGUAACGAGAUUGGUGCACCUUCAGAAAGUGCCCCUUGUCCUGAGAACUUUCCGUCAAAUGGCUCAGAAUGGGUCGAGCUACUUGUGAAUGAGAUGACAACUGCUUCUAACAUGGAUGAUGCAAAGUCUCGUGCCACCAGAGUGCUGGAGGCUUUUGAGAAGGCUGUGGUGUCUCAUGUCAAUGCUCAAGGACCUCAUGAUUUUCAAAAGGAAAAUGCAGUGCUUAAGGGGCAAAUGGAAUCGCUUACAAGAGAAAACACCAUUCUGAAGAGAGCAUUUGCGAUACAGCAUGAGCGGCAGGACUAUGAUGCGAAGAAUCAAGAACUACAGGAUGAGAAACAGCGCAUUGCUGAGUUCCAAGAACAAGUUAGAAACCUUGAGCUUAAUAACUACAGAUUGAGCAUGCUCCUUAGGCAAGCUCAGCAGGGCAGCUCAAUUCCAGGGCGCUUUAAUCCGGAUGUUUUCUAAGAGGAAGUGCAAAUUCCACCUUUCCUUUGCAUACGAGUUCGGAGGCUUAAGAUGUUACUAUAGCAUGCAAAUCUUAAGCUUAAAUUUUUGUUGUGGACGUGUAAGUUUAUGUUCCGCUGUAGUAUGGGCAGCGGAAUAUUAUGUUUUAUAAAUGAUGGGCAAUUCAUGGUCAAUAGAUAAAUUCUAGGACUUAUUUUAUCGAAUGACUUAUUUUUCUUACCGAUCA